AUGGCUUCAGGCUCAUCUUUUUCAUCAAUGCCGCUGUUUGGGAACACGAAUGAAGAAGAUCAUUUCAACGAAGCCAACAACAUUCAACAAGAUACUCAUGGAGUGUCACAAACUCAACCUCAAACUGUUCGCCACAAGAAGCGAAGAAACACACCAAAAUUCCCAUGCAAGUUCUUCAAAAUUUUUAUGGUGAUAGAUUCGGAUGUUGAGGUUAUAGCACUAUCUCCUGCCACCUUAAUGGCAAAAAACAGGUUUGUUUGUGAGGUAUGCUACAAAGGGUUCCCAAGAGACCAAAACUUGCAACUUCACAAAAGGGGACACAAUUUGCCAUGGAAACUUAAGCAGAAGAGUGCAACGGAUGAUUUGAAAAGAAAGGUGUAUGUGUGUCCUGAGCCUACUUGUGUCAACCAUGAGCCUUCUCAUGCUCUUGGAGACCUCACUGGCAUCAAGAAACACUAUUCACGAAAGCAUGGUGAAAGGAAAUACAAGUGCCAAAAGUGUGAAAAAAUGUAUGCAGUCAAUUCUGAUUUGAAAGCGCAUUCAAAGACUUGUGGCACCAAAGAAUAUCCAUGCCAUUGUGGUACUGUCUUCGGAAGGCGUGACAGCUUCAUCAAUCAUAGGGCAUAUUGUGAGGCAUUGGCUGAAGGGAUAACAACCAUAGGUUCCAGGGGAGUGACGUCAUUCAAAAGCUCCCGCAACCAUAAUCAACCUAGCCAGAUGAAUACAACUUCGCCUCAAUUGGGUCCACAACUUCCCUCGACUCAAAACCUGAUCAAAACCUCCAUUAACACGAACUACUAUAAGCCCACUCCCGCUUUGUUUGGGCCAUCAUCAAAUCAAAACAACCCUAUAAAUUCUCCGAACAACACAAUAACCAAUCUUGUGAACAACACAAGCACACUACCUAACAACAUGCAACUCUACAAUCUCAGUAUGAUGGGAAACCCUAUAAAUUCUGGAAGUGGUGAGGGAUUAAGUUUGUUCUCAAGUGGUAGCUUUGUGUCACAUCACUCUACUUCACUUUAUUUUUCAUCACAUACAGAAACUAUGCGCCAACACCUUUCAGCGACUGGAACGCUUCAGAAGGCUGGAAUAUUUGGAUCAACAUCUGGCACCAACAACUUUACCGACUUUACCCGAGGGAUAUAUACAAGUUCUUCGUCUACUGGUGGUGUUAGUGGAACUAAUUCUGAGAAGGGAAGAUUUCUUUUCCGCAGUGGCCAUUUUUCUGGUAGCAAUGAUGAGCAUUAUAGCAACAUGAAUGAGCUUCUGAACUCUUUCAGCGGUAGUGGUGUCGGGUCCUCUGUUUUCAAUCGGCAUACUGGUGCAAGUAAUGCGCAAGAGGAUGGGUAUCAAGGUGGCGUUGAGAGCGGUGGUGGUGGUUGUGAUGAGGAGUGGAAAAAGUUGAACUCUGUAGAAGAGGAGCCACCUCAAAACUCUAAUUUUAACAUGGGUUUGGAGCAAUUCAGUGGUGGGAAAACGACCAGAGACUUUCUUGGUGUUGGAGGGGAGAUAGUAGGCGACAUAAGCAGCGAUGGAGCUAAAAGCACUUUUGCAGUACGAAGCUUUCUGUAA